AAGCACCACACUAUCAAUCUCAAAUCUCUAAAACAAAGUUCACACGCGCGACGCAGGCACUCGCUUUGGCGGCAGAGUAAGCCCACCCGCCUACCCGAAUCUUUAGUUCCCCCCUGGUGCCCUCGCCUAAUCCUGACCCCGAACACUUCCCCAGGUUAAUCCACGAACCCAGACCACCUCAGUCGAUAAUGGCGUAUGGUAGGCCGGCCGGACCGAUGGCAAACCGGGGCGAAAGGGGCUCGGCAACGAAAAAAACUCAGUUCGGGCACUACUGCACGACAACCACCACCACUCCCUCUAAUGUCACUGGAAACCGAGUAACUACUAAUGCGGAAAGUUCAGCUCAGAAAGUACCGCAGCCGACCCAGCAAAAUCACGCUUUGGCAGUCCAUACCCGCGUCCACUUCCUGCGCCAGAGGAAUUGUCGAGCCGAUUUGCUGGUUGGUUAGUUGAUGAGUUCCGGGACCGUGGAAAUGGAUAUCUGCAGCGUUAGGAGGGGAUUCUCGCUCCCUUGUUGUUCCGUGCGAUAUAAUAGGUGGGGGAUUGGGGGCCGGCUUACGAUAGAAGAUGUGAGUGAAGGUGGAGGUUUUUCUGUCCAGAAGGAGGCUAAGAGCGAGGUGCUCUCUUCCUGUACUGUGCAGUACAGUACAGUGUCGUAGGGAAUUCUAGUAUGCUAGCCGCUGCUAUUGCCGGGCAGUGCCAGGGGUAUCUGGAUAUGAAUUUUCUGGGAAAGGGAGACUUCACAGUGUUGAAUACGGUUCACUAUCCAGGGUGCCAGGGACGGCGAGAGAGAAACCUAAUCAACACACUGGUACUCUACUUAGGGGAAACCGGUCAAUCACUUCACUACGGAAGCUGUUCGGGAUUUUAUAGACAGAAGAGCACAAACAACUGCAUGAGUAUGGAUAAUUGCACACUGAAAGAAGAGGGGGAAACAAAUGCAGUACAGGAAAAAUAGGUAACGUAAAGUGCCCAUGCCCAGAUACCAGUAUUCCCAAUUCGUCUGGCUCCCCAAUACCACAACCAUCUUCCACCAUCCACUACCACAACCAUCUUCCACCAUCCACCCCCACGCCAUGGAUUGAGCCGGGUAUGAUUUAAUAGUGAUAAAUGAAACUAAACUCUCCGGGGGUAGUCUCGUAUCGCCUAUAACACUUUUUCAGUGCGUCCUUCAAUCCCUUGUUAAACGCAGGACCGCAAUAGUAUCGGGCGAACAAUUCCUGAGCCGCCGCGUUCUUAAGAGCAUAAGCAUAGUAAAUGGCUGUCUUGCCGGCACGAUCCUUGAUCAACGCGUUAGGGCUGUGUUUCAUGAUCAUCUCCAACACGCUGGGACUCUUCCCCUCUCGAAUAGCGUAGGUCAAAGGUGUGGCGCCAGACCAGUCCUUAACGUUCAACUUCAAUUUGAAAGACAACACCAGCUCGAGAGUGGCCAAGGAGUCAGUGUCAAUAGCCUUGUGCACAGGAGAGCUACCACUGGGGUCCAAAAAGUCAUCGAGGUGCUGACCGAGACGCCAGAUGGUGUAAAUGACGGUCCAGUUCUUGCUAGCGAUG